AUGGCGGCGGUUUCUGUCAGUGUAGAGUGAAACUUUCUUAUUUUUAGCGAAUAUUUGGCGCUUUUCUAACACAUUCUGUCGAACGUGGUCGUGUGUUCAGUGAAGUAAGAUUUAUCGGGACACAGAGGCGUGUGGCUGUGGUCGUUGGGACCGAGCGCCGUUAUUCUGGGCUCCGUUUUUGAUCGCCAAACGGCUGGGCUUCCCUCGAAGUUGACGGUGGCUGAGUGCCUGACAUUGCGAUCAUACCGACUGUUGUUGUCAUCAGAUCGCUCAACGCGGAACCGUCAGUUGAGACCGGACGUCGCCGAGUAGCUAGCUAGCUUAUCGAGUCGGCGGGUUUUAUUUGAGCCGGACUGAGUGAGGCCAGGUCGGAGAUCCCGAGGCCGUGUCACGUCAGCUGUCAGUGGAAACAGAGAGGUGGUGUUGGAUGUCACCGCGGCGCAGUGUCAGACGGGAUUUGGUUUGCUAGCAUCGUCCAUCCUGGCAAAUCAAAUGGAGAAGCUCCAGGACCUUAACCAAUCAGAGCUACAGGAGCUCCUGGACAAUCCGGAGAGGGUGGAGUCUAUGGCUCUGGAGUCUGACGAGAUCCAGAACAUCCAGCUGGAGAGAGAGAUGGCUCUGGCAUCAAAUCGCAGCCUGGCCGAACAAAACCUGGACAUGAAGCCUCGUCUGGAGUCUCAGAAGGAGGUGCUGGUGGAGAGAUACUCUCAGCUAGAGGCCGUCAGAGAAACCUACAGACAACACUGCUCCGUGAGAGAUGGGAUGGUGGGUCAGGUGUCUCCAGAGGCGUUGUUGUCCAGACUACAAACAGAGGGCAGCAAAACGGAGGCAGAGUCAGAGGCUCUAGCUGAUGAGUUUCUGGAGGGUUCUCUGCCGCUGGACUCCUUCCUUGACCGCUUCCUCUCCCUGCGCUCCCUCGCUCACAAAAGACGGGUGCGGAUAGAGAAACUCCAGGAGAUCCUGCGACAGAGGAGGGAUGGCAAUCCCACUGCCAUGACAUCAUCAGCAGGCAUCAGCCAGGACCCCGCCGCUGCCACGCCCUCACCAUGGAAUCAACAGACAACAACAUCGACGACGACAAAUCAACAGCAGCCGAACUCCAAACCUCAGUCCUCCACUUACCAAAACGCCUCUCAGCCAGCCUCCUCUGCUGGUGGCCUCCCCUAUAGCCCGUACCCUGUCUCACCACCCAACCCACCCCCUGCAGCGGCGGCAGCAAGCUCUGGCCCAACCAACCCCCCGUCACAGUUCCCUCCGUACCCUGGUUCCAGCUCACCAUUCACCCCAGCAGGGAGCUACUCCGGCCCCAGGCCAGCUUUUGGGCCUCCGGCUUCAGCCACCUGUCCUUACCCGACCCAGCCCUCCUUCCCUACCCCACACCCGGGCUCAGCAUUCGGCCAGUACACCCCAAGCCACCCCCAGAGUGGCCCCGCACCCUAUCCGGCCUCCUACAGCUAUGGCGGCUACAGCUACCCUGUCAGGCCCGCCUAUGCCAAUCCUCAGUCACCCACGGGGAGGCCCCUCUACAGACCAGGAUAUGGAGUUCCGCAGCCGUACUCCUGAAAGCACUACUGCUCCUUUGUCUCAAUUCUUCUUCUCAAUUCUUCCCUUCUUUGCUGUCUCACCCUUUUCUCCUCCCUUCCUCCCUGAACUCUCUCUCCUUACCCUAAUUCCUUGUCCUCCUCUUGUCUUUUUACCUUUUCUACCCUCCCCCUUCCCAUGUCUCCCAUGCUCCCAGAUUGAAGAGGUGUCUCGCUUUACUUAUCUUUGUUGCACUAUUUCUCUUUCUCUAAAUAUCAGUCUGUUGAUCUCUCUGUCUUUCUCUCAGUCCUUUUCCCUUUCUCUGUCACCCUACAACCCACCAACUCCCCCACACUAGUCUCAGGUUGUUGCGUUGUGUUUAAAUGUUCAAACACUUGUAUCUGGCCCUUCAUACACUCACUUUUCCCAUCACUCCCUCCUUCCCCCUCUUCCAUUUCAAGUGUGUGUGUGUUGCUAUUUGGCAAUCAGAAAGACCUUAUAAACACACAAGUGCACUCCCCCUUAAGACAAAUACAUGACAGAAAUCAGUCUUUGUAACACUACGUCAGUGUCCAGUAGCUUUGUUACCAGAGUCCGUCUUGCUUCACAUUGUUAUUCAUCAGCACAGUCUGCACUGAGAAACAGCUGAUAAUGGAAGGUCCAUGUCCCAGUCUCAUCACCGCAGGGCUCGUAAAAUGCAGUUAAGAUAGAAAAGUCAAUGGCUUUCACACAGUAUGGCCGUAAUAUUAGGUUCAUUUGAGAUGCAGGGCUUGUGAGGGAACCGUAUUCACAGCUGUAGCUGCCUCCUUUAAUCCGCUCUUCCAGACACGUACCCACUCCAAACAGAAAUGUGUCAGGUGAUGAGAGUGGCAGGCUGAAUUUCAUGAUGCACAAUUACCUGUGGACAGUGGGCAGAAGAAUCACCAGUGGCUCCACAAACCAAGUCACCCUUUAUUUUGUUUAACCAAAGAUAAUAACACUGCUUUGUUUUGUUUCCUUGAGUUUAAUGUUGACAGAGGAAGUUAGCAUCAUCCCUGGAUGGAGUGUCCCUCUCCAUCACUCUAAAGGCCCCUGCUCACACCACAGGGUGGCACAGCCAAGUAUGUUUGGUUCAGGCUUGGAGACAUAGUGACUACUCACAGGGCUAAGCUGGUGGACUACUGUAGCUGACGAGCUAACCGCUAACACACAGGGAACAACAGUUGUGUACCACCCCCACCCCCCCGGUGUUUUCUUCUCAGGAAUGUUCAUCAUUUCACAAGAACAGAGAAAAAAAAAAAAGCUCUCCAAGCUAAACAAGCUCGUCAGCUCAGUUGCUAACAGGACAAGAAGUGUAAACCAGGUCUCUGUUGUGGAGCAGUUCAUGCUCCGACAAGCCAAGCUUCAAUAAACCUGGAUGGUGUCAGCUCCGUCCAGGCAGGAUGCUAUUGGUCAGUUUUGGAAAAGUGGGGUUUGAACUUGCCGAUUAAUGCUGGUGUGACUGAGCCUUGAUACUGUUGGUACUGAUACUGUUGUUUGUUGUCAAACAAACUGACAAUAGCACAGCGCUGCAGCUCCGAGCUGUGUCAGCAGUGUUUGCCGUCCAAGCUCAGCUCAGCUUAUUUCCAUUUUGUGCAGGAGGCAUGGCAACAGCUGCUGUAGAUGUCUCUCAGUUAACCACAUAUCAGUCUUGUGUCAGGACUACACAGGCUUUGAGCAACUGUUUGGACAGCCCCAGCAACAGGUUUGGAAAUGACCCAAAGACUAUAGUAAACCACAUUUUCUAAGCCUUCAUGUGCUUUCCACAGUGGAUGUUGUCCCACAUUCAAGUCACAGAAAUAAACCAGUUCGCUUUCUUUUAGCUCCGUGUUUGGUCUCUGUUGAUCCUGGACAGUGGCUCUAUCAGAGCUUGUUUCUCUGAAGACAGAAAACCAGGCUGGUGAGAAUGGAGUUUGGUUGGAAAACCAACACAGUGUGCUAAAAGAGGCUUUAAAAAAAAUACCAAAACAUUGUAAUAACACUCUGUAUGUUUGUCAUACCAUAUCCUCCAUUUGGACUUUCAUGUAUGUACCGUAUUCAGCUAUGAUACAGUACAACAGUAGAAGGGGGUAUUAGGUUAAACGCAUGCAGAACGUGCUGCUGUGGAAAGCAGAUGUUUGCUCUUACAUACAUUAGGCAUCUUAGAUUCCCCACCUGUCCAGUACACAUGGUACAAGCUGGAUUAAAGUAUUUCAGAGUCUUAAAGCUCUCCUCACCUUUCAGACGCUCGGGUUACUUGUGCAGGGGGACCUGGAUGCAUCAGAACAUUUCCAGCAAAUGCACUGAGCCAGUCCUGUGUAUCAAGAAAUGCAAAUCCCCGCUGGUAAAGUGUGUCGGUUUGUGCUGAGAGCCAGCGAAAUGAAGAAGUCUUAUGUGUGUUAGAGGUGUUAGCAAUGAAAUGUAGAUAGUGUGAUAGAUGUGUAGGGGGAGUGAGGAGCACUGCAGUCCUGUAGUAACACCCUGACUUGAUGAUACAUGGUGGACUCCACAGGGCAGUUUGAAUCAACACGCAACCAAACUAUGUCUCACUCCUUUGUUCCUACUUCGUUUGUAUCCUCCCCCGCGCCUCAUCGCCUCCUCUUCCUCGUCCUUCCUCACCUCCCCUCCAUCGCUCGCCUCCUCUCCACACCUGCUUGUUGAACAUGAACUGAUGCUUGACAAUGAUUAUCAGAAGAAAAUUGUUUUAUUUCUAUAAGUUUACACUAUCAGUGAGAACACGAGUCUGUAUAGUUUAAUGGAGUGAAAAUAUAAAGGUUGGUGAUCGGUUCUGUGUCAAUUGAAUCAAAUUAAAAUGUAAUGUCACUGGAAAUGCAAGAUAGUUGAUGAGAGAUCGCUUAAUGAUGUUUUAGAGGCAGAUGCCACCUCACUAAAUUUCUAUUACACCUUUAUUUAACUAAUCAUGUUUUAUCUUUUACACCUCCUCCCAGCUACUUCAGAGCACUUUAUUAAUAUGAUCACUAGCUGUAAAGCAGUUAUACAGUUAAACAUUCUCUGCCCAUAUGUUGUCGUAGCAACCCAGUCCUCCCAGCUCAAAACAUCAGCAGUGAAGUGGGAGGACGGGAGGGAAUUCUGUGGUGCUGUAACAAUGUCAGGAGGCAUGUCUUCAAAAUAAAGUGCCAGUGUUGUCACAUACAUGCUGUAUGUUGGAAAGUCAGCAUAUCAAGUUUCAAAACAUCACAAUAGUCCUUUCAUCAAUGAGACAAACUGGAUCUUGAAGUGACUGAAUUGAAUCCAAAUUGGUCCCAGCCUCUAAAAUACUGUACUGCUAUUAACACUUAAGUGUUGUUGUUUUUUUUGGAGUACUGAGAUCGGCCAUUAAAUUAGAUUUAGUAAAGAUGAAGAAAGUUUGACGGUAGCUGUGCCGUAGCAGUUAGCAGUUGUGCGAUUGAAGGAAAGGCAGUUUGCCAUGUACACAAGUAACAGAGCGGGAACACACACAUGUCUUAUCGACGGUUCAUUUUUAUUUCAUGACGCUGCAUGUCAGAGACUGUUUCCCAGAGAAAACUUCUUCUUUGGUCAGAAGCAACUUUUAGCUCCUGGAGCAUCUAACAGAGUUAUGAUUGGUGGCUGAACCUCAGCAAAACCCAGCUGCAGGAUCACUGCAGUGUGUCGCUUUAGCCAAUCACUGAUCUCACGACAUCUUUUCUGUCACUAAAGCUAAUUCUGUAGCUGUUAGUUACCACCAGGAUCCAUGUUAUGGUACUAACAAGAUAAAAUAUGGAAAAACGAAAAUGGCCAAUCAGCAGCAUUUCAGAAUAGGUUUGUAGAAGGAGUUGUGGAUCACUGAUACACAGGCUGCACAGGGACACUGAGAGGCUGUGAUACGUGGGCAGAUGUUGGGUGUCAUUCUGACGGGCUGACCUGACCUCUGCUGUCUAGUCUUGGAAAACAGAUGAACGGAUGUUUAGAAAAGAAGUGGGAGUGAUGGUGGUUUGCUUGUGUAUAUUAGUUACUAUUACUAUAUUAUUACUAUCAGAUGCUUGAUAGAUGAGUUUAUCCAUGGAGCAUUUUAGGUUAGACAUCAUGAAUAAGAAGAGCGCUCUCUGGUGCGAGCUUGUGGAAAAUCUCUGGACUGUGUUGCAGCAGCUCUUCAUACACUCAUCAUGCAGUUUGUGUAAAGCUCUUUGUGACUGCAGGCCACUUUCACACCAGUGAGUCACUAAAUCAGAUUGCACCGUUACAACUUAAGCAAUGUCUCAGCUGGUAAAGACUUUAUGCAUGUGUGCAAACAGCACUGUCCAAUCAAGAGCAAUCAGUAAUGUAAACAGGAAGUCCCUGAAGCAUGGAGCUCCCUGACUUCCAAAAAUGACAGUUUAGUAUCCAAACCAUAUAUUAAAUAAGUAAAUAAGUAAAAGCCAGCUCUUUGGGAGUCAUAGUUAGGAUCUUGUUUUGUUUCUGUCGGUGUACAUGGAGACACCUGAGUGUUUGACACUGACCCACCUAACAUCAUUAGAUCACUUAGUAUAAUGAAACACUUUUCAUUCUUAAAAAAUGACAUUUGUUAAAUGUCAUUUAUUAAAUGUAGCCAGGGUCAGGUAAGACGUGACCAUAUCCUGUUAUAUCCCCAGGCAUUUGAUCAGGAACACUCCUCCUUUUCUGUGACCGUCUGGACCAAAAACCUUUCUUUACAAAUGAACUGAUUGUAACGUCGAGCUGCAGACCUGAUGACUUAUUAGAAACUGAGAGACUGUGAACAUUUAUUAAUGGACUACAAACAGUUAUAGUGGCAUUAUUACCUGAUUGAAAGGAUGAACACCAGCCAACAUACCAACCCACAGUGUGUUCUUAUCACAAGCUUAUAAAUGAUCUAUAAAUAUAAGUGAAUUAAAAAAAAACUAUUUAUAAACUCUUUACAAAGGGGGGCAUUUCUAGACCGUGUUCACAAACAAAUACACAACCAAAGGAGAUCUGUCUGCUGCUGCUGCCACACAGCUCCACACGAUGGCACCACCUCACACACUGACACAGUCUGCGUUUGUCAUGUGUGCCCCCCCCCCCCCCCACACACACACACAUACACACACACAUACACACACAUACACAGUGAGGAUGAGUCAGGUGUUGAUCUGCUCACAGGACAUGAUGUGCAUGAAGAAUAAAAAGGCCUGUUGAUGUCCUGUUGCUGUACUGCUCAUGGUGCUCACACCAUCCUCUUCACUUCUGUAUCACAUGUGUUCAGUCUCCACUUUUAUUCACCACACACACACACACACACACACACACACACAGCAGUGUCUCAGCUGGCUUCUCUUGGCUUUGCAUCAACACAAAAAGGCGAAUCCCCUUCAGAUGAUGAUACUAAAAUACUCCAAGUGUGACAGGCUGAUGUAGUGGGUUUGUCCUGGGGACCCCGGUGUCCCAGAGACAGGAUGGCAGUAAUAAUAGUAUUACAGUGUUUUAGAAGAAGCACAAGGGAGAUGUUCUAUUAUAGUCUAGCAUUAAUAUUAUCCAGAGGGAAAAAAAAAAAACAUUCAGAUGGAUGUAUCUGUUCUUCUGAUGCUGAGGAAUUAUAUGAU